AUGGGAGAUUGGCGAUCUCAUUUGAGUUGCGUUAAAGAAAUGCUUCCUUAUCUUCAUGCGUCAGGACAUUUUAAUUAUGCCAAGUCUGCGCAUUUAUAUCUACAAGAUAUGAUGCAAUUAGAGAACUUGAUGGAUCCUAGUGUUUAUCAAAGAUUUAUCGAAGGAUUUUUCACUUUUAGACGUUCUGAUAAAUUAAAUUGUGGAACUUCGACGGAUAUGGUGAUUGAACAAUCAAUGAUGAAGUGUAUGAAAACAGAUGGAGGUGUUGCUCGAGGGAGAAGUACGCAAGAAAGUGUCAUUAGUAAAUGGGUUUAUGGCAUGCAUACGAUGAAUACUGUGUGUAAAGGAUUGGAAGAUCUCGCUAAUGUUAGAAUGGACAAAACAGACCAGCAUGUGGAUGCAAGCGAUUCUCGUGUAAAGAGAGAUAUUGAAGAUAUUAAUAAACUUUUGGAGUGGCUCUUAUCACAUGAUCCGUUCCCUGUGAUUCCAAAAAUUAUGUCCAUUGCCAGCGGAGUCGUCGGCGAUGAUAAAAUUAAUUGUCAUAAUGCUCGUGCAGUUGGAAUUGCUUCUAUAAGCAAAAUGACUGGCCAAACGUUUAAUAAUAUUAAAUUAAAAUGCGCUGAUAGAGUACUUCCUCUUUUAAGUGCAAGUAGCGUCAUAAAAGUACAUGAUGAAAAGGUGCCUAUAGAUCCUGUAUUAUUAUUUCAACGCAUGAGCAUUACUAAGACAUUUGAAGAUGAACUUGAAACAUUCUUCGCAUAUGAAUUAGCUCCUUACCCAUUAUCACUCUUUGAUGCAGUGGGAAUGCGUAAAACUAUGAAGUCAGCUCUUUAUAAUUGCUUUGAAUGUUUAAACUUCGAUAUUGAUAACACAAAUGCUAUCUACAUCAUCGAUGGAGGGUAUCUAUUACACCGUGUUGUAUGGGAUCGAGAUGAAACAUUUCAAACUAUUUUUGAAAAAUAUGUUCAGUAUGUACAAAGACAUUUUGGUCAUAACAAUAUGAUUGUAUUUGAUGGUUAUACUAAUCACACGAAAAAUAUUAAAGCUGCAGAACAACGUCGUCGGACUACAAAAACAUCUUCAUCUGUUGAUGUCGUUUUUGAUCGAUCUAUGAAAGUUCCAACAAACCAACAACAAUUUCUUGCAAAUACUCACAAUAAGUCUCGCUUCAUUUCAAUGUUAUGUGAAGAAUUAACAGCUGCUGGCAUUCCAAUAAAACAAGCUGAUAAUGAUGCUGAUGUCCUUAUAACUGAAACAGCAAUAGAACAAUGGAAAAGUUCAAAUACAACUGUCGUUGUUAGGGAAGAUGUUGAUUUGUUGAUAUUACUGACUGCACGGACUCCAAAUGAUAAAAUUAUUUACUUUUUGAAACCUGGGAAAGCUCAAGUACAAUCAACAAUAUAUUCAUCACAAAGCUUAUAG